AUGCCCCCCACCAUUCACCUUGUCCGCCACGCGCAGGGCUACCACAACCUGUGCGUCGAGAACGAGACGAUGCGCGACCCGGACCUCACCCCCCUCGGCGAGCAGCAGUGCCUCGACCUGCGCGCCUCCUUCCCCUACCACGACAAGCUCACCCGGCUGGUCGCCUCGCCCAUGCGGCGCACCCUGUGGACCUGCACCCGGGCCUUUGGCCCCGACGAUGGCGGCGCGCCGUACCCGAUCGUCGCGCUCGACACGCUGCAGGAGCUGUCCGACCUGCCCUCGGACACGGGCUCGUCGGUGGCCGCGCUGUCCGCCGAAUUCGACGCCGCGCGGGUGGUGGACCUGUCGCAAGUGCGCGACGGGUUGUGGACGGACAAGCUGGGCGACACGCCGUUCGAGCCGACCAAGGACAAGAUCGAGGCGCGCGCGCGCGAGGCCCGGCGGUCGUUGCGCGAGCUGGCAGGGCUGAGCACGGAGGACCACGUCGCGGUGGUGACGCACGGCGCGUUCCUGCACUUUUUGACGGACGAGUUCCAGGACAUUCCCAACGGCAACGCUACGAGCUGGAAAAACUGCGAGUACCGCUCGUACCAGUUCGUCGACCUGACGGGCGCCGAUGAGGACGCGGCGAUUGUCGAGACGGAUGAGAGCUGGCAGCGCCGGCGCGGCGACAAGCCACGACUGUCACAGCAUGACCUGGACGAGCUGCGGGUGGUUGCCCAUGGCCGCAUCGUGCCUCACUUGAAGGCCAGCUCGCACCUGUGA